GCACACGUGUUAGUGGAUCGGAGUCCAGAAAACAAAAAAACAAUAACAAAAGCAAAAAACCUCACCGACAGUCCGAAGUCCGACCAAAUGCAGAAGAGAGAGAAAGGCAAACCCGGUGGUGUUGCCGGAGGCGCCACCCCGACUCCGUUCCAAGAGGGGCCGAGCCUUCGGCAGCAUGGCGAGCAAUGUAGCCUCAUCUGCGACAGCCGAUUCAGUGGCUCCAGCGGCUCUCUUAUAUAAUAAAGAUUAGUGUAAGGACCAUCAUAUCCCAAAUUGCUUAAAAUAUAUCUAUAUUUAUAAUAAAGUCCUAUUGUGUAA